GUCAGUAUUUUAAGAAACCAUCUAAAAGUUAAGAAAUGUGAAAGGAAAUGGCUGAAAAUAGAAACGUUUGAAGCAAGGGAGGUGUGUCCAGACGUACUGAACAAAGUUGUAGUCGCCAAGAGGCGCGAGCUGGAGGAUGUCCUCCUUCCAGAUCAACCUCAGCCCUCUCAAGGAGCCGCUGGGCUUCAUCAAGGUCCUCGAGUGGAUUGCUUCCAUCUUUGCUUUUGCCACCUGUGGAUGUUAUAAGGGCAAAACAGAAAUUCAGGUGCUUUGUUCUAAUGGUAACAAUAACACUGUUACAGCUGCUUUUGGUUAUCCAUUCAGGUUGAAUCAGGCAUCAUUUCAGACAGCUUCAGGAGAAGAACUGUGUGGUAAAAAAUGGAGCAGUUAUUUCCUUAUAGGAGAUUACUCUUCCUCUGCACAAUUCUAUGUUACGUUUGCAGUCUUUGUCUUCCUGUACUGCAUUGCUGCUCUUCUGCUUUAUGUUGGUUACACUAACCUGUAUCGAGAUAGUCGAAAGCUUCCCAUGAUUGACUUUGUUGUUACUCUUGUUGCCACUUUUUUGUGGUUGGUGAGCACUUCAGCCUGGGCUAAAGCUCUUACAGAUAUUAAAAUAGCUACCGGUCACAACAUUAUUCAGGAACUUGACGCUUGUAAGCAACCAGAAGUGACGUGUUAUUUUGACUCUGUGACCAGUAUGGGAUCCCUAAAUGUAUCUGUGAUCUUUGGAUUUCUGAAUAUGAUACUCUGGGGAGGAAAUGCUUGGUUUGUGUACAAGGAGACCAGCUUACAUAGUCCAUCAAAUACUUCUGCUGCACAUGGCCAAGGAGGUAUCCCACCACCUGCUGGAAUGUAAUUAAAGGGAGAAAUACACUGUGUGAAAUACAUGUCUAUAUUAUGACCUGUUAACAACAUCUUGAGAAGUAAUUAUUCUAUAAUAAAAGUAAUGGAUUUUUCAAUGAAUUGGUGGGUUUAAAAUUUUGCUGUCUUUUUACAUAAAGCUUGUGUCUUUCCUAAAAAUUUAAGAUGUAAAUGUAUUCUCUCAUGUAAAUUUGAAAGUUCAGGAGCCUAUUAUGAGAUGAUACACAUUUUUAAAUAAACAGUUAUUUCACUAAGUUGUUUGCCUUCCAAAGUGUUCACACCUUAAGGCUUAACAUGUACCUUUACUCAGAAAAUAGUUAUAUUGUCAUAUCAUAAUAGGAAGAAAAUCUUUAUUUGGAAUAACACUACUGUAAGUUUAUAUAGACCACAUACUAAGACCUGUCUUUGUUAAAGAAGCCUGGGUUAUAUAAAUCAUAUUUAGAAAAAAUUUUUAGUUCAGAAUUUAUAUCUGAGCAUUAUUCACGUUAUAAAAAUUUUUUAAUUGCAAAGACUGGGUGUAUACUUUGUUUUUCUCAAUGGCAUGCAGUACUUAAUAGUGUACUAAAAUUGUUUUGGGAGCAGGGGUAUGGAAAUUUCUGAUAGAUGUAUACUUAAUUUAGUAAUCCUGUCAUGUGAGGUGUAAGCUUCCAUUAUGCCGUUUGCUCAAUAGGCUUACUGUUAUAUAAGUAGAAGACCAUGGCUCAGCUAGAUAUUUUGAAAUGUGUGAGCAUUACUCUUAGUGAUAUUUGUUGUCCUUUGUUGCUCAUGCUGCUUGAGCAUGGGCUGAGACCUUGCCUCCUUCCGAGUAGAGUGAAAUAAUCCACCAUUUUUGGCAGACCCCAUUCAGUGUUAAAAAAAAAAAAUUAAGAUUGCCUUUCACUUUUGAAGCAUUUAACAUUUAGAGUCAAUGAAGUUGCUGUUUUGAGUUUAGCAUUGAUAUUGUGAAAAUAGAUGCGAUUUGUAUUUGAUAUUUCUUCAUGUUCAUUCUUGGUUCACAAAUGGAUGAUUAAGGAAUUAUGCAUUGUAAAAACAAAGGAUCCUACGUGAGCUAUAUUAUGGGUGCACAGUCUUUGCACACACAUUUGGGUAUACUCUGAGUACAGGGCUUAUUAACAUUUUGCUUCCUAAUCUUGUUGUACAGGGAUCCAGACCUCCUAUUCUUACAACGUGAUUGUUCAUAUUAUGAAGCAUAUUUUGCUAUUAUUGCCUUAUUUUUUUGCUUUUGUUCAUGACAAGAAUUGUCAAUAUGAGAAUGUAUAUCUUUUAUGCAACCAUCUUAAUAAAGAAGGUGAAAUAAAAUGCA